CCGCCGGUAUUGUCUCGUUUUCUCAAUCCCGCGGGUAAAAUCGAAUCAGAAAUCUUUUGUGUCACAUCUCCAGAGACUGCGUGCGAAUCAUGCUCACCACUGCUGCUGCUGCUGCUGCUGCUUGCUGUCAAUCCUGAAGCUUGUUUCUUCUUUUGUUCCUGAGCUUGUGUGCCCCCCUGAGAUAACGGGAAUUUCUUAGCAUCUGACCUGUGACCGGUCUAGCUCACCAUGAGCCCCCCGUCCAAUGGACUGUUAGAUGGCAGUACCACGCCCGCCGGCAAGGAUUAUGACUGCGAGAAGACCACGAAGCCGCGGUCAUCCGGCAAAAGUGCUUGGCUCGGCGAGGGCAAGCUGCCUGAGGCCGUGGACGAUGGAGACCAGCAGAUCAUCGAGGCCGGAGAAGCCAAGUACCACCGUCUGGGGUGGAAGGGGCUCACUAUCAUGCUGAUUGUGGAGGCGAUCGGGUUAGGCUCGCUGUCGAUUCCCUCCGCGUUCGCGACGCUCGGCAUGGUCGCCGGCGUGAUCUGCUGUGUCGGCAUCGGCCUGAUCGCUAUCUACACCUCCUAUGUGAUUGGACAGGUCAAGCUGGCGUACCCGGCUGUCCGGCAUUACGGCGAUGCGGGGGCCCUGCUGAUGGGCCCCUGGGGUAACGAGCUGUUCACCUUCAUGUUGAUCUUGCAGCUGAUCUUCCUGACCGGCUCCAACUGCCUGACGGGCACCAUCGCCCUGCAGCACAUCACCGGCAGCGGCAUCUGCUCCGUCAUCUUCAGCGUCGUGUCGGCGAUCAUCCUGCUGCUGCUGUCCAUCCCCUCCUCCUUCGCCGACAUGGCCUGGCUGGGGUACCUGGACUUUGUGUCGAUUGUGGCCGCCAUCGGCAUCACCAUCAUCGCCACGGGCGUGCGGGGCACGAACUCAGCCGGCGGGCUGGGCGCGGUCACCUGGUCGGCCUGGCCGCAGGGGGACCCCAGUUUCUCCGACGGCUUCAUCGCCAUCAGCAACAUCGUGUUCGCGUACACCUUCGCCAGCUGCCUGUUCUCGUUCAUGGACGAGAUGCACACGCCGCGCGACUUCACCAAGUCGAUCUGGUCCCUGGGCAUCCUGCAGAUCGUGAUCUACACGGUGACGGGCGCGACCAUCUACGCGUUUGUCGGCCUGGACGUGCAGUCGCCCGCGCUACUGUCGGCGGGGGCGCUGGUCAGCAAGGUGGCCUUCGGGAUCGCGCUGCCCGUCAUCUUCAUCUCGGGGGCGAUUUGCACCAUCGUCGCCGGCCGCCUGAUCCACGGCCGCAUCUACGCCAACAGCGUGACCCGGUACAUCAACACGCCCAAGGGCUGGAUCACCUGGUUGAUCCUGAUCACGGUACUCACCAUCCUGUCGUGGGUCAUCGCCGAGGCCAUCCCGUUCUUCGACGAUCUCCUCUCCAUCGCGUCCGCGCUGUUCACCUCGGGUUUCUCGUUCUACCUGCCCCCGAUCAUGUGGUAUGUCCUCAUCCGCGAGGGGCCGUGGUACUCGCGCGAGAAUCUGUUGACGAGUGUCGUCAACUUCCUCGUGUUCAUCUUCGGGUUGGUUGUGCUGGUCGGUGGCAUGUAUUCCAGUGUUCAGGACAUCAUCAACAACUACCGGGAGGGUGACGUUCGCUCCCCGUUCACCUGCGGGAGUGUUAGCUAGAUGCAUUGGGUUUCUUGGGUUUGCUUGAUUGGUUAUUGCAUUCGCAUUCGCACACGCAUACAGACGGCUUGUUUUAAUGGUAUGAUAUGGUACGAUAUUCGGAAGACACUCGCAUGAGAAAAGUUUGGGGUUGAAGGGUGCUUUUCAGGCUGAGCGGCAUGAGCAUGGCUGAUAGACCGUUGGAUUUGCUUCGUUUGCUGUACUAAUAUCAUGAGGAACUAUGGUGAUACGACGACACGGUUGUUGCAUGCUUGCAUUAAGGCACGGCGGAAGGACAGUGUUGUACAUAGCCUACCCACGAUGGUAGAUGAAUAUAUAAUUU